GUUAAAACAGGAAGAUGCUUAUUUGCGACCAAGUCGUAAACGCAAUCCUCAAGUUGUCGUACGGCAGUCGAUGCUGACCGUAAAGCAGAGGGGACCGAUCCAGAGAAGGUUAAAGUAAUACGCUCCUGAAAUUGCAAGCAUCAUGCCAUUUGUCGACUUGCAUUCGAAGUUCGGUCUGAAUCUGGACCGCUGGUUGCUGGCCCAGAGUGGGAAACAACCCUACAAGCAAGCCUCGCGCUGUCACUCCUUUGAGAAGGAGUGGAUUGAGUGUUCCCAUGGCAUCGGUCAGACCCGGGCACGGCAGGAGUGCAGGCUUGAAUUUGAAGACUUUUAUGAAUGCAUGCACCGUCAGAAGACAUUCAAGCGACUCCAUGAAAUCCGAAAACAGAAAGAAAAACUGGAGAAGGAGGGAUCCUUAACUGCUCCGGGCCACCACUGAGCGAAAGGGAGCAAUGGCCGUAGCCCCCAGCAGGCAUGCAUGCUCGCACUCGAUCCCGCCUCAGCAUCGUACACCUGUGGUGUGCCCAGGGGCUUUGUGUAAAAUAGCUAUUCAUAUAUUGCGAUUGUUUGUCUUCCCCGUUCCAAGUAAGUAAAUGAAGAUCUGUAACCUUAAUAUUGUACCUUUCCCUUUUUCCUGGCUUCAGAAUAAAGGGUGUUGAGUGGAAGUAGAAGAGUCUGUUAGAAGUGAAUUAAUAGUUCACGUGGUUAAAUUCCAAAUUUUCAUACUGGAUUCGAAUUUCACUUCGUGAAUCAAAACUAAAUGCUAGAAUCAGGCUCUCUAUUGAACAAUUUAUUGUAAGACAAUGUUGACAUUUUUCAAACGGGGGAGGGAGUACACAGCUGCAACCAGUGUAGGAAACAGUAGCUGGAGCAUGAACCCAAAAUGAAUAGACAAGAGCAGAGACACUUAACAUGAAUGCUCUCUUAUUUGCAGUAUGCUAGAGGUGGCAGUGGCAAAAUGACUUUUAACCUUUUAAUGUUUUUAACCUGUCAGUACAAUUGCAUGUGCACUCUAAGGAAUGAUGUGCAUGUAAAAAGAUGCAGUGUUUCUUCUGACUGGCUUGAAUGUCAGUGCAAUGUGUAUUACUUUCAUACAUCAUCUCACAACCCAUCUCAGCCCCUUCCAUGACCCAGCAUUCAGUUUCAGAUUGAACAGCUUGCAUUCAAAACUAAAAAAAUAAGCAACAGGGUUUAGACAUGCAAGUUAUUAUCUACCCAAGAUCUCUUAAGGCCUCUAUCUCCUCUGCACAUAAAGCCAGAGUUGUGUAAAUAGCAUGCUCAUCUUGCUUUCAGCUCUUCCUGUUAUCUCCCACAGGAUAACCUGAUGGGCAUGCCUCUUCAAAAAUGACAUUUUCGCGCUGUUAAAUGCCAUAAUGACCCUCUCCCUUACGCAAAGAGGUGUGUGACCUCAGGCAUCGAUUCACAAUAUUCCGACGUUCCCCCAGGAUGCUCUAGCACUGACUGGCAGGUUCACAGCCAGUCAUUCAGAACCCUGCUGACCUAAUGGUGUCCCCUUCUACCACCCUGUUGCCCUUCCCCUUACAUUCCUCCACUGGUUACCUGUCACUGUGUCACUCAUUGCCAUAGCGAAUAGGAAAAAUUAUUUUUUUUCCCCCCAUGAUUUUGGAAAUCCUUUUUGAAAAGAAGAAAUUAACCCAACAAUAAAAGCUGAAUGAUGACAAAAAGA